AUGUCACAGAUUCUGAUAUUUAGCGCCGGCGAACCAAAAGAUACGGGUGACUUACAAGCUGGACACACUCUAUCAAACGAGGAAGGAGUAAAAGAAGGGAAAGAGAGUGGAGUCAAAGAGUUGGUGAUCGAUAUCAGUGAAGAUGAAAGCAACGAAUCGGUUUCAUCAACAUCAAAAGCAUCAGAAGAAGGAAAGGAAAAGAAAGAUCCGAAGAAGAAGAAGAAGGCAAAAGGGAAGAAGAGACGGGGGAAGAGUAUAGAAGCAGUAGACUUACUAGAGAGCGAUCAUGCCUCGAAGAAGAAAAAGUUACUUUUUGAAGGGUUGAUCGAACACAAUCAUAUUGUAGCAUGUCACGACAGCUCCUGUAGUCAUUUGGUUGUAGCCCUCCAUAGCUCCCGAGGGAAAUUUCCUAUGAUGACCCGGCAAAAUAUGAUAGAUGAAGAGGUUCGGACCAUAGUUGUACGGUUGUAG